GGAGGUGACAGUGGUGUAUGUCGACAGACUGCUUUCCGAGAUAGUUUGUGGUGCACCCACGAUGGCUGCAGAGGUGUAGACGACCCCAAUCAAUGAAUUUGACGUCACGACUGAAGUACUGCCUCUGGAUGUGAUCGUAGAUGUGACUAAUGUCGUUUCGGUGGCGGUGAAGGUGGUCGGGAUAAUGCUGGUCGACAGUUCAGACAUAGGAACAGUUGUAGACACAACCUCUACAGAGCCUACGAGGCCAGUAUUGUAAGAGGUGAACUGUACAACGAAAGGCAAAACAGUCAUGGUAGCGGAUGAAGCAGAGCCUCUCGCAUCGGUUGUAGAGUAUACCGCGAGAGGAACGGUGCCGGCAAGCGUCAACGUCGAUGUUAAACCAACACUGUCGGUCAGUACAGCAACCGCUGAGGACCCCGAAGCUGAUAUGGGUGCCAAUACAGUGAAAGCCGAGCCACCGGUAGCGGUGGUAGUAAUGAUGAGCUCCGUUAUUGUCAGAGAGGAGCCGGCAGAGUCGGUCGUCGCAACUUCGGUCGUGGGAACGACAGUUGUAGCAGUUACGCUACUCCCAUCCGAAUUUGUGGACACAGCCAAGAUUCCGUACCCAGUCAAACCGCUCACACUCGACGUAGGAGCCACGGAGGAUGAAUUCGCACUGGCAACGGAGCUCAGCACACUGCUAGCGCUCGACGACUCUGAUGACAAGGACGCCGACGCAGAUGAGGCAAUGUUCGGAACUGCAGCUGCACUGGACACACUCGACAGAACGCUGCUGGCACUAGAGGAGACUGAGCUCAAUGAACUAGCAGAACUUACACUAGACCGACUAGCACUUGAUAGAGAGCUCACUGCGCUUGAUGCCGACAAUUGUACAGACGAUAAUGACGAGUAUGCCGAGCUUGCAGAGCUUGCAACUGCCGCAGUCCCGGUGCCGGUGCCGGUGCCGGGCGAUGUCGAAGAUGUCAAAGAUGAUAGCGAGCUUUCUGCAUUCGAAGCACUCGAGAUUUCUGAACUCAAGGAGGACGCGGCUGGCGCAGCGGGUACUAUAGUCGUUCCUGUGAUGUGUUAGCCAUCAUGUCUCUUUAUCAGAAUAUUAUAACACCGAGCCGCAUGCUGGGGAUUCCACUCCAACACAGUCAACCUCGCCAACUUACCGCUCACAGAGGUACCAGAAGGAACAGCUGUAGCGGACAAGGAAGAAUUCGCCGAAGCAACACUUGAGGAUGCUGAAGAAAUUGAGGACGAGACCGAAGACAAUGAAGAGAACGCAGAUGAGAUGGACAAAGACACUGAUGAUAGCGAUGACGAGAU